AUGUCCUCAAAUCCAUCCAAAGCACCUGUACUGGAAGUACUGAGCAGAGAUGCAUCGCACAGUUUCCAAGUCCCCGCGAAGCGCAUCCACGAUGGCGACGACGUCACUUUCUUCUUGGCAAGCAGAGCCUAUGCCGAUAUCAUGACUUUCAUCUUCCAGCUUAACACGGCCAUGAUACCACGGAGGAUCAAGAGCGAAGACAAUAACAGCACAGAAACCGCGAAAGAGUGGAAGUUGCAUGACCCGGAUGUGCCCCAUCCACCCGUUGUGCAAAGCCUCGCCAAGCUUAUCUCCAGCCUGACCUCCAUCAUCGAUGAAGCGCCACCAGAUCCCGGACCGCGUCGUUUCGGAAAUGUAAGCUUCAGGACGUGGUACGAUAUCGUUAGAGAACGAGUCCCUGGACUGAUGGAUCAGUAUCUUCCGGAAGAAGUACUGUCCUUCAAAUCCUCAUCCGACGUCUCUGCCAAAACCGAGUUGGAAGCGUAUCUUAUCGGCAGUUUUGGAAGCUCUCAGCGCCUAGACUACGGUUCAGGUCAUGAACUGAGCUUCCUCGCUUUUCUCGGCUGUCUUUGGAAACUCGGGGCUUUUCCCGCGUCGCAGGAUGGCGAGCAAGAACGCGGCAUUGUACUUGGGGUCAUCGAACCGUACCUCGAAUUGAUUCGCCGACUCAUCUUGACAUACACCCUUGAACCUGCCGGGUCGCAUGGCGUAUGGGGACUGGACGAUCAUUCUUUCGUACCUUACAUAUUUGGUAGCGCACAACUCUCACCAGCCAUCAACACACCAGCAGACGUGGCAGCAGAAGGCUCAUUGCCAUCCGCUCCCCACCCAGGCGAUGUAGCAAAAGCACCCGCAGUAGCCCGAGAGCGAACACGGAAUAUGUACUUCAGUGCCAUUGGGUUCAUAUACGACGUCAAGAAGGGUCCAUUCUGGGAACACAGCAACAUCCUGUACGACGUAUCUGGCGUGAAAGCGGGAUGGGCCAAGAUCAACAAAGGAAUGAUCAAGAUGUACAACGCAGAAGUUCUCUCCAAAUUUCCCGUUGUCCAGCACUUCCCCUUCGGCUCGCUGUUCUCCUUCUCUGCCGAUCCGAACGCCAAGGCCAUCCAAGCAAGUGUCCACACAGCCACCUGCGUUGAGAGAUCCGAUGGCUGA